AUGGCCGCUGCUCUCGCAGCCUCCCUCCCCAGCGCCGUCUCUCGCCAGUCCACCCCUCUCCCCCAGAAGGAAGCCGCCUCCAAGGUCCCCCUGAAGCUCGAAGGUGCCGUCGAUGCCGAAGCCCUCAGGGAGGUCGAGAGCGUCCAGCUCAACUCUCUUGUGUUCUUGAAGAUCAUGAAGCACUCUACCGACAUCCUCCCCGCUCCCCCCGCCUCCGUCCUGCAACAGGACCGUAACCCCCCUCCCUCUACCGAGCUCUCAAGCCACGUCGAUGCUUUGGGUGUGCUUACGGGUCUGGACCUUGAUGGUGUCAUGGAGGUGGAAGACUCUUUUGCUCUCCCCGGUGGCGAGACUAGCUUGGGUCCCAACUCUUACUCUUCGAAACUCUUGUCCCGCCUCUCCACCGUCUCCACCCCCGACUCUCCUAUCGGUAUCUACCUCUCCACCCACAACGGUGGUUUCGCUACCCGAGUCUCCAUCGACCUUCUCUCCGCCGUUGAAAAGUCGGCCGGACGCGGCAAGGCCAUCCUCCUCAUCCACGACGCUUCCCGCUCCAACGGGAACGACCUCUCCUUGAAGGCCUACACACUGUCAGAAGGAGCUAGAGAAGCCGCCAAGAAGGGCAAGUGGGACGGACAAACGCUGCAAGAGUAUGGUAUCACCAGCGCGACCUUGUUGGUGCCCUUGCCCGUCAAGGUCGCUUCUUCAGCCCUCCUCGACGCAUUCAUCUCCACCCUCUCCACCCCCGCUCCUUCCGCCUCCGCCCCCUCCCUUUCUUCCCCAUCUACCCCCCUCCCACCAUCCUUCUCCCCCCUCCUCAAUCCCCUCUCCACCUCCCUCACAUCCUACCUUCAAAACACCCUCGACGCUCUCACCCUCCACUCCCACGAGACCAACAACAUUGCCUUCCUCUCCCGACAAAUUGCGCGUGAGAAGAGCAAGCAUGAGCAGGUGGUCAAGGACAGGGAGGAGGAGAAUGCGAGGAGGAGAAAGGCUGGGUUGAGCGAGUUUCCCGAGAUUGGGGAAGAGGUUCGGGGUGGGACGAAGGAGCCUAGUCGGUUGGAGAUGGUUUGUCUUGGGGGCACGGUGGAGGGUGUUGCCAAGGGGAUGGCGGCAGAGGCUGGAAAGGGAUUGGUGCGAGCGUAUUUGUAA